UCCAUAGAAAGGGAACCGAGUGUGAGGGAAUGAACGGCGAUCUUUACAGUGACACACCGCACACGUUAUAAAUCCAGACACAACGUCAGCCUGUUAAACCGCAUUUAUUUUUAUUUUUUGGAUGACAUGACGGUAGAAAAGGGUUUUAUUCUGGAAUGACCUAUUAAAUCAAACAUGGCAGCGCAGACACAUCUCACAGGAAGCGCUGAACUUGGCUCAACCCAGCUGUGGACUCGCUAAACCUUAUGCUAUCUCUGAUCAAUACCUAUUAGCGGUUUUGGACUCAUGUGAGACUGAGCAAAAGCAAAACCAUGUCGGAGACCCUGCAGCUGCCCGCGCUGCAGAUCCAGGGGCCGGAGGAUGGGGAAUGUGAGGGGAAUCCGGCACUGUCGAGCUCUUGCAGUCCUUCUCUACGCCGCAAGCGCUUUAAAAUGCGACGGAUGAAAAAUGUCAUGAGUGAGAAGGAACAGCUGGAGAAGGAUCAGCUUCAGCGUUCCGGCUCCAAGGAGUACCUGCAGCUUCCGUCCAUCGAGAUCACACCAUCCGGUGACGAGGAUGCGCCGUGGUCCAGCUGUUCCACCCCCACCGCCUCUCCCCAACGCAGACGCUUCCUCCUGCGCAAGUGGCUGCGCGGAGGCGACAAAAAAGACAAUGGCAGUGAAAGCAGCAGUCAGCAGAGCAGCCUGCAGAGCAGUCAUGAAGAGGAGUCCACCACACGUUAUUUAAGUCCGAACGCACGUGAGGACAGCACUGCCAGUAACUCGAACCGCAGCACGCCGGCCUGUUCACCCGUCCUGCGUAAACGCUCGCGUUCCCCAACACCCCAGAGUCCGGAGGGAGAGAACAUGGUGGAGAAAAACUCGGAUCAUUCCUCAGACAAAUCCCCCUCCACCCCUGAACAAGCUGUCCAGCGCACCUACAGUCAGUCGAUUCACACCACCCGUCCCGCCGGCAAGAACUCCAAGAAAAGUCAAAGCUGGUACAAUGUUUUGAGUCCCACAUAUAAGCAGCGAAAUGAAGACUUCAGGAAGCUCUUUAAGCAGCUGCCUGACACGGAGCGUCUCAUUGUGGACUACUCCUGUGCCCUGCAAAGAGAUAUUCUCCUGCAGGGUCGCCUCUACCUCUCCGAAAACUGGAUCUGUUUCUAUAGCAACAUCUUCCGCUGGGAAACGCUGCUGACCGUGAGGUUAAAAGACGUCUGCUCCAUGACAAAAGAGAAGACGGCUCGACUCAUACCCAAUGCAAUCCAGCUGUGCACAGACAGUGAAAAGCACUUUUUUACCUCAUUCGGAGCGAGAGAUCGGACAUACAUGAUGAUGUUCAGACUCUGGCAGAAUGCCCUCUUGGAGAAGCCUUUGUGUCCCAAAGAGUUGUGGCACUUUGUCCAUCAGUGUUAUGGAAAUGAACUCGGUCUGACCAGUGACGAUGAGGAUUAUGUACCUCCCGAUGAUGACUAUAACACAAUGGGCUGUUGCCCCCCUCCCUGGUGCAGGUACUGUGAGGAAAUCCCGCCCGAAUACAACGACGCCAAUGACAACUGCCCCAAAACAUCAGAGGCAAAAAUGGACAUCAGCCCACAGCUCCACAAAAAAGUUUCCCCCAAUAACAGCCUGAAUUCAACAGACAGCGCAGAUGCUCCAGUUAGUUUUGACAUUCCUCCGGUGGAGGAGUUUGCUGGCUGUGCCCCAGAAGACCUCCUGUCCCUGCCUUUACCUGACAACAAGCCGUCAGAAAGCAAUGGCUCCGCCCCUACCCCAGUCCCCGCCCCCUCGCUUGAUUUUAACGACAAUGAGGACCUGCCCACCGAACUCAGCGACUCCUCGGAAACCCAUGACGAGGCAGGAGAGGUGCAGGCCUUCCAGGAAGAUCUGAAUGGGAAGCUGUACAUUAAUGAGGUGUAUAAGUUCAGCGUAGACAAGCUCUUUGACAUCCUCUUCACAGAAUCCCAAUUCAUGAGGGACUUCCUGGAACAGAGACGCUUCUCAGAUGUGGUCUCUCACCCCUGGAGGAAAGAAGAAGGAGGAAAUCAGACCAGAGAGAUCAUGUACACCAUCUCUCUCUCCAACCCGCUAGCCCCAAAAACAGCCACAGUCACAGAGACACAGACUCUGCACAAGGCCAGUCAAGUGAGCGAGUGCUACAUCAUCGACGCUGAGGUGAUCGCUCACGACGUCCCAUAUCACGAUUACUUUUACACGCUUAACCGGUACAUGCUCACUAGAGUCGCCAAAAACAAGUGCCGUCUGAGGGUGUCGGCUGAAUUGCGCUACAGAAAGCAACCGUGGGGAUUGGUCAAGGGUUUCAUUGAGAGAAACUUCUGGAGCGGCCUGGACGAAUACUUCAGGUAUUUAGAGCUGGAGUUAAAUAAGGUACAGAUGCUGCUCUCCGAACAUCAUACACAGUCUCCGAAAUCCAAAGCAUUACGCACAGCGAGGCGACGGAAGCGACCGCUGACGCACAUGAGACAGCAGCACUUGGAUGAGGCGCUCAGUCCCGUCACCACACCUGAGGGCGAGAAGAGCGUCAUCCAUCGCAUCAAACACGUGGCAGGAUCCACACAGACCAGACACAUGCCGGAUCACGGGUCUGAAGGUCUGGCUCUGUACAGCGUCUCUAAACUCUUGCUCAUCAUCAGCUCUGUUCUGGUGUUGCUGGUCUUUUUAAACAUGAUGCUGUUUUAUAAACUCUGGAUGCUGGAGUACACCGCUCAGACUCUGACCUCCUGGCACAAUCUCAGGUCUCAGGAAAGUAAACUUCCACAGACACAGACAGAAUGGGCACAGCUCCUAGAGUCCCAGCAGCGUUUUCAUGAGAGCGAGCUGGAGAAAUGGAGGGAGAUGAUAAAAACCUCUGUGCUGUUGUUAGACGAGAUGAGGGAGUCUCUAGUGAAGUUACACAAAAGCGUUGGAUUAAGAGACUACGAAUCAGAGACUGAAGAGAGGAGGAAUCAUUAUCACUGACGAACAGAAUCCCAGCUCGGCCAACGCGAACAUCUCUACACAAGGAGGUUUGAUGAGCCGGGCUGGGCGGGGCAUGGUUGAACUAAAUAGCUUUCAUAGUCCAAAUGCAGAACCCUACGCUCUCAUGCCUCUUCCCUCCUUAUCUCCUCACUUUUUGGAACGUUAUGCCGAGAGAGCCCAAAUAAAGGAAGGCAUUCAGGCGGGGCGCCGCGUGAAAACUGAUUGUUCUGCACACCCAGGGCUAAAACAAACAAACUUGUUUAACCAUCAAUGCAAAACGGACACUGGACCCUCGUUGGUUUAAAUACUUGAAAGACUGGAGCUGACGCAACAGCAUCCUUUUUUGAAACUUCUCGGAGUCUCGGACCAGAUAAAAAUAUAAAGGACAUAAACAUUUAUUUAUAAUCUAUAUAUAUAUAGAGUCGAAUGAUAUAUGUGAAAAUAUACGAUUUGUAAAUAGAGUUAUAUUUGUUGCCAGAGUUCAUUUGUAACAACUUUCCAUGGAGAAUCAAGGCUGGUUCCUUGAUAGCCUGCGCCAUGGUGCAUUAAAUAUAUGCAACUGAUAUUUAAUCUCCGGUGUGAAGGAGGGACCUCACCUGAUUGGUUGAUUUGUGAUGAGCCAUGAUCACCCAGGUUAAAUGGUGAAAACAUCUGUUGUGCGUCAUUGGCUGCAUUACAAUUUGCAUACUACUUGAGU